UAAGCUAGUUAGCUACUCUGCCUAUAACUUGCCUGUGUUUAACUAUGACGAAUCGGGCGAAAUUUUACCUACUUACACCAUCACAUAUGUGGGGAAAGAGGUUAUGAGUGUUGCCAUAACUGCUGUUAGCAUAUUGACGCUAUGUGAAGUGGAAAUAUACGGGGAUAGAAAAUGUGCUCCUGGCUAUUUUGGACUAGACUGUGACCAACAAUGCCGCUGUAACGACACAUCUGAGACUUGCAUGUCUAUCACUGGUGGAUGUUUAUCUGGGUGUUUGUCUGGGUACUAUGGCCAGGGAUGUCAGAUGGCGUGUCCAGCAACAAAGUGGGGUGUUGACUGUCUCAAAGAUUGCAGUCCUCUUUGUAUCCACUCCAAAAUGUGUGAUCGGACAAAUGGCUUGUGUAAUGAUGGAUGUGUAGCUGGAUACUUUGGUCCAACGUGUAACCAUGAAUGCCCAGAAGGUAAAUGGGGAGAGAACUGUAUCAACAAUUGUAGUGAGCACUGUGCUAAUGCUGCGCCUUGCAACAUACGAAACGGAACAUGUGAAGCAGGCUGCAGUCCUGGUUACCUUGGUGACACGUGUAACACGGAAUGUAACAAUUUGACCUUUGGCCUGAACUGUCUGGAGAACUGUUCCAUCAACUGUGGUGGGGAUAGAAAAUGUGACAUUGUUAGCGGCUUUUGUUUGCAAGGUUGCAAGUCUAAAUAUGGCGGUCGCGUGUGUGAUCAGCUAAUCCAGGAAAGUGGAACAGAACCUCCUCUUGUGAUUAUCAUUCCUGCAGCUCUGGGGGCUAUCGUAGCGGUGUCGGUCAUUGGAGUUGUUGUAAUAUAUAAGAGGCGCAAGAAAUCUAACGAUCCAUCAGUUGAAAUACAGGAUAAAGUACAAGACUGUAAACAAUCUUUUGAGUCCACAAAUUUGGCAACACAUUUGGCAGGAGAGACUGUGGACGAACAAGUUGUAAACAAAUCACCAGAACAUGAAGUGAUGAUCGAAAAUAUGUAUUCGCUCGCUGAGUCCAUUGAUGGAUCUAUUGCUAUCCACCAGCUGGCUUACUUCAUGAAUACACAUGACAGACGGUAUUUUGAUGAACAGUUCAAGAAUAUACCAGCACCUGAAAAUGUUUCCACAACGAUUGGUCUCAGCCAAAAGAAUAGACACAAAAAUAGAUACAAGAAUAUCUGCACAUAUGACCAUUCUAGAGUACAUCUAAACAUCAAUGAAGAAAAGAAUGAAGGCGACUACAUUAACGCUUCCUACAUACAGGGAUACAAACAUGAGGAAAAAUUCAUCGCAUCUCAAGGUCCAAACAGUAUUAUUAUCAACGACUUUGUACGAAUGUUGUGGGAACAGAAAGUAGAAAAGGUAGUCAUGGUGACUAAUUUGAUAGAGGAAGGAAAGGUAAAAUGCGACCAGUACUGGCCAGAGGAUGGGAAGAUGAUGUUUGGAGAUAUUAAAGUCAAACUGGCUGUCACACAUGUGUUUGCUGAUUACACGAUCAGAAGAUUGCUGUUAAGUAAGAAAGGUACGGACGUCCAACAGGUGACCCAGUUCCACUUCACGUCAUGGCCGGACAAGGGCGUGCCCAUAACUCCCUGGGCGUUGGUGGACUUUGAGCAGAGGGUGGCAUUCAACCCCACCAGUAGACCUGUGGUCGUCCACUGCAGCGCUGGUGUUGGCCGUACAGGGACAUUUAUCGCACUGAGAAAUGUGAUGAGAGAAGCUGAGGAGACUGGACGUGUUAAUUUCUUACAGACAGUCGCCAGGCUAAGACAGGACAGGAUGAAUAUGGUACAAACAGCGGAACAAUACGAAUUUCUCCACAAAGCAGCACAAGUAGCAAUAGCAUGUAUAGGUACCACAAUCACAGCCUAUGAUGUUGACGAGAAGGUUCAACAUCUUCUGGACAAAUCUGUGUCGGGGAAAACUAAUCUGGAGAAUGAAUUUCAUUCGGUAUGUGCUCUAAGCGCUGACUUACAGACAGCUGGUAAAGAAGAAGAAAAAGAAUUGAAGGUUUACGAAAACAACCAAGAUGUGGACUUGAUGAGGAAAAACCGAUGCCCAGAGAUAAUGCCGAAUCAGCUGUACCGUGCUAAGUUGUCUAGAAGCAGACCAGAAGACAGCGACUACAUUAACGCGGUUGUCUUUCCUAGCUUCACCAAACUUGACCAUCAACUGCUGACACAACUGCCCCUGCCAACAACUGUGGAAGACUUCUGGAGGCUGAUUGCUGAGUACAACGUCACGUUGGUGGUGGUGUUUGAUGUGGGACUCGUGCUACACGAUAAGACAUUAGGUCACUACCUGCCAGCAUCAGUCAAUGAGAUGUUGAACAUCAGAGACUACACAGUGGAGCUCAAGUCAAGCAACACACACACAUUAUGGGAGGAAAAAAAUGUUGUCGUUAGAACUAUGGGACCUCUACAGCUGAAGUCAUUCAAUACACAAGACGGUCACACUGUUCUACAUCUACAAAGUAAACUCACCACACUGGACACAAAGACGUUGCUGCAGUUUAUAAAACAAACAAGAAAACACUCAAACAAGAAAGGAAGAGUGCUAUACAUGUGCAGAGAUGGGGCCACCUACAGCGGUCUUGUCUGUGUUUUGAACCUCCUACUAGACAGGAUGGACAAUGACCUACGGCUAACUGUGCCAUUAGUUGUUGGGGCGGUCAAGUCCAUUCGUCCACAGGUCAUUCCUACACUGGAACAGUACCACUGCCUGUAUCAAGUGCUACAAAGAUACAGCGAUACGACGACCACAUACAGCAACUUUGAGAAGAAAUCUGAAAAACUAAUACAGCAUUUAGAUAAUAAUGUUGAUGACAAUGUACUGUAUGCAAAUACUGAGUAAUCAUAACAUUCACAUAGCUGGACAAUUUCGUUAUGCAUUUGAUGUUAACCAGGGGAAGUAAUACUGUAAACGUUACUGCUUUCGUUAUUUUCAAGUUGUUCCCCUUGUUAUCAUGAACCCUUACCACUAUAAGUGCCAGGAAAUAUCCUUACAAAACAUAAUAAAAUACA